AUGGACUGGGAGACGUGGAAGCAGACACCACUACCCGAUUCUCUUCAGCAACAGCAACAUCGACAUCAACAUCAACAGCAGCAGCAGCGGCAGGACGACCCACACACACCAGACUUGAUCGAGAUGGACGACCACCAGUCUUCAUAUCUUUCUCACCCGGUGAAUCCCCUUCAUCUGGAUGAGGCCAUUCAGAAUUCACAGCUUACUUUCGUGAAGGAGGAGUUUGAGCGCAACCUGGUUGCGAAACAGGCCCACAACAGUGACCUGUACAAGACGCAGCAGGCGUGGCAGGGAAUGGAAAAAGGAGAUGUUCUCAUAUUUGUCUCCUACCCUACCCCCAGCUGCAACAACAAACAAGGCUGUCAGAAAUCCACAUUCCAGACAUCCAGAGUCAUCUUGACCCGUGACCAGGUCCUCAACACCAAGUCUGAGAAGCUCAAUGAGCGUCUGAACAGCGAGUCCCACCAGCGCAGGGCCAAGAGGCGUGCUGCACCUCUACCUCCCGGCGUCACCCAUGUUUUGGAUCUGUCGCCUCCGGACGGGGAGGAUGACUACACCCUUGCCUUGCAGCGUCUCUCCGUGAGUCAAGGCAUCAGGCUGUGGUACCGGGCCUCGGCUUUUGGCGCCUCGAUUGAGGCCGUUGCAGGACAUGAUGAUGUGUGUAGUUGCAAGGAGGGAUAUGACACCGCAUAUCCGAUCCCAACGCCACCCAUCUCGAUACAAGGUCAGAAGUCCCUUGAGGGCAUGAGCUUCGCCGCCUUCCUGCUCGAUACUGAGACCUGGCCCAUCGACGAUCACCACGAGAUCAGCGAUUUCUGCCACGUUCGUCAUGGCGCCAACGUCUUGAGACUCUUCCGGUCGCUCGCAAAUGGUGAUCUCCACAUCGACUCUGCGCCUCGAAUGUGGACGCUCGUUGGGCUUUUCGACAUGUUCGAAAUGACAAACUACGACCUAAUCCGCGAUGAGGUUGUCACAUGGUUCAAUGCAGGGAACAACUACAUAUUCGUCGAGAUCCUACCAGAAGAGGCAUUGCGCAUCGCCAGCAUCAUCAGGGCGCCUGUCAUUGCCUUUGCCGCUUUCCGGAUUCUCGUCAACGAACACGCGCUUGUUAUUGCCGGCGGCCAUGUCCAUGAACAGGCUCGCAAGAACACCACCAUAUUCGGUCGGCGCAAAUCAGGCUGUCUCUCGGGCACAGAGCAGGCUGACGCGGUCAUGCGAAUGGUGGAGCACGCCGGCGUUGCCAUGGCCGAGAGAUACAAGAAAGCCAUCGACAAUAUCUCCGGGCCGGACGCGUUGGCUAUCCUGGAAGUUCCAGAGUGGGAGCAGCUCACCCUCCUGGACAACGUGAUUCCCAAGGACUUGUCGCUGUCAGUUCGCAGGACAUACGACGAACUUUUGAAAGAGAUCCGAGAUGUCGUCUCGAGAUUUGUCACAAAAUGCCUCGAUACUCCUCGAAAUAACCGACUUCUCAGUCAAGCAGCAAAGAGUAGGUGGGCCACGAGUGAGACGGGGCUCUCUUACCUGGUUUCUAAGCACGAUCUGGUUGGAGAGUUCUCUCCCUCUACUGUCUACUCCGGCCUAAACAGGUAUCAACGUGCCCUGUGCCCCUUUGUGUGGCUCGAACUGCGCGAUCUGUUCAUCAGCGACCACGCCAGCCAACAGGACGUCUACGGCGCCGCGGCGGCAUUCUCCGACGCAUUCGACCACGCCGAGAGGAACAAGAUGCUCCUACCCGGCCCUCGCCCAAAGGGUCUUGCCAUUCACCUGCGGGACACCUACAGAUCCCUGUUCCAGAACGCCAAGAGCAAACUGUCAGACUACGCCGCAGCCUUCUCUCGGCGCUCAGACGAAUUCGGGUACAGCAUCACGCAGCACAUGGUUUUGAGCCUCAGUGAGAAGGAGAUGGAUUAUCUAAGAUUCGGAGACGAGACGGUGUACGAGACCGACAUCCCAGAGGCAGAGCUGGGGCCGACGGGCCCGGGCCCGGCCUUCCACACGGGUAUCACCGUGCCCAGCGCGUCGGACUCGGUCGUAAACGGUAUGGACGGGAUGGCCAUCGUGUCCGACGACGGCAGGAGCACCAUCGUGGGCUCGGUCACGGCCCAGGACAGCUUCUCGACCGUCUACGGCCGCAACCGCGUCCUGACGCCCUCCGCGUCGAUGCCCUCGGAGCGCUUCACCGACGACGCCAUGAGCGCUGAUGUUGCUGAGGCCGAGUUCGCGGUCCCUGCGGAGCACCAGUCGCGGGGGCAGGCGCUGGCGGCUUACGUCGAGGCCGAGCAGGAGGAUCUCGAUGACGGCUUGAGGAGUGAGGAGGACUUUUAUUACGACGACGACGACAGCGAGGCGUUCAAUGAGUCCGAGUUGUCGAUCGAUGAGGGGGACGAUGACCUUGAGGACUUUGACGAGCAGGAGGAUGAUCUCGAGAUCAUCACCCAUGAUGAGGCUGCCACGGCGGCUACUCAACCACGGCGGGCGGUUUGA